UGGCGGAUGAAGAGAUGGCUGAGGAGGUGCAGAAGAAGAUUCAGGGGGAACUGGAGAAGUUCCAACAGCUGCAGAAAGAGAUCAACAAAUGCAUGACAGCCCAGCAGAAACUGGAGGCUCAGUUGACUGAGAACAACGUCGUGAAGGAGGAGUUGGACCUCUUAGACUCCUCUAACACCGUCUACAAGCUGAUCGGUCCGGUCCUGGUGAAGCAGGACAUGGACGAGGCAAAAGCCACUGUUGGGAAAAGGCUGGAUUACAUCACAGGGGAAAUCAAGCACUAUGAGGCCCAGAUGCAGGAGUACGAUAAGAAGUCGCACCAGCAGCGGGAGGUGUUAGUGCGGCUGCAGCAGGAGUUCCAGAAGGCCCAGGCCAAAGUGGCCCUCAAGGCUUGA